UAGACGGUGCAGCUGUGAACGAGAACACUCCAAACGCGAGGGCGGGGUGUGGCGUGUACGUUCAACCCGGAACGGAGGGUUUUUCCAUACCACUGGAAAAUGUUCCGGGCCACCCGCGCACAAGAAAUCGGGCUGAGCUGCGAGCUGCGAUUGAGGCUGAGGGCACGGGUAUGGCUUGGUGAAGGGUUCAUGCGUAUUGUCAUCGGUACUCACGCAGAAUACGUCGUCAACGGCGUGUGCAAGUGGGUACCGUCAUGGGAGCAGAGAGGGUGGAAGACAAGUCGCGGGGAGGCGGUCAAAAAUCGUGAUCUGUGGGAAAUGUUGCUCGCGGACAUUGAAAAAUGGGAAGCAAUGGGGAUCAGAGUGCAGUUCUAUCUGCUGAAAAAGGAGUGGAAUACUAAAGCGAGCGAAUGUGCGAGACGAGGGGCGGAAGUGGUUGAAGUUCCAAAUUCGUUUUCAGAGACAGUGUAUAUUUCCGUGGCGUAGGUUUUUCUCCUGCUUUCGGGCCUCCUAAGCUUUGAAAUGAUAAGAAUCG